AUGGCUUUGAAAAAAGGAAAAUGGAGUCCUAAGGAAGAUCAGAAGUUGGUCUCUUAUAUUAGCAGAUAUGGCAUUUGGAACUGGAAUGAGAUGCCAAAAGCUGCUGGAUUGCCAAGGACAGGGAAAAGUUGCAGGCUUCGCUGGAUGAAUUAUCUCAGGCCAUUUAUAAAGCAUGGAAACUUCAGCAAGGAAGAAGAGGAGACCAUAGUCAAGCUGCAUGAAAUGAUGGGGAAUAGGUGGUCUGCAAUUGCAGCCAAAUUGCCUGGAAGAACAGAUAAUGACAUAAAAAAUUACUGGAACUCCAAUUUAAGGAAACGCUCGAGGAGCACAGCAUCUGCAACUAAAUUGGAUAGGCUUCAAACUUGCGGAGUGCAGCCCAAGACGGAGAAGCAUCUCUCCAAAGGAACUGUUCCAAAAGCGAUGGUUGCAGAAAGCUCUAAGGAGAUCCCAAUUUCAUCAAGUUCUAACGUGGUCAGCGAAAUUGAUAAAAACCGAGGUAUAGAUCAAAAUAUUUUUGCUGGGUUAUCUAAAGUUUCUGGGCACUUCAAAAGCUUACAGGGGCAAUCGUUUUCAAUGGAAGGACUGCAUAGAAUGGAGGAUAAAGGAGAAACUCUCUACCCUUUUGCUUCUGGUAGUGACUUAUUUGGCUGUUUUUCUCCUUUGUCUUAUGAUAACAAGGCACUAGAUCCGGAGAAUAUUGAUGUUUCUGGAGAGCUCCAGUUUUAUAGUUUGUGUGGGCAACAAUUUCCAUUGGAAGGCUUUCACAUAGUGGAGGAUAACAAGGCAAACAAGUAUCCGAUUUGGCAUGAAGAACCUGUUCAUUCAUAUAAUUGCCACGAUGAUUUAUUUAAAUAUCCUGCUUUUUGGUCUGAUGAAUACCAGCAUCCACGCCCAUUAAUGGAAGACUUGUACACCGCAAAUGAUAAGAGGGAGGUUGAAGGGCGUGCACAUCCAUUUGAAGAUUGUCCUCCAUGGUAUGAUGGAAAUCAAAUUUCCGGAGAAGUUCAAUUUCUAUGGGAUUAUCAAGUUUCAUUGGAAGGUUGUCAAAUGGCGGAGGAAAAUGGGUUGCGCAAUUCCAUUGUUGUGACCAUAUCUGUCGUUGGUGUUGUAGCGAGCGCUUCUGGUUUCACGCUCUGGUUUCCACAAGAGAACUGCUUCUUAAGAGAGGACCUCUCCUUAGUUGUGGAUGGAAUUAAAUCCAUAAGGCCUAUCUCAUCAAGUCAUUCAACAAUCUUCUGGUAUCCCCCAGCUCAAAAUUUUGUUAAAUGGAAUGUGGAUGCUUUGACAUUGGGCAAGCCUGGACCUGCUAGAAUUAGAGGGGUGCUCAAAACCUCAACAGGGAGGAUUAUUAUCGAAUCUGACUCUUCUAACGUGAUUACAUGGAUUUACUGUUCACCAGAUAAUAGGCCAUGGAGUCUUCAGCGGGAAUUCAACAUCAUUGAUAAUUUAAGAAUGACAAUAGGGUGCAUUUCUUUUCAACAUGUGUUGUGUGAAGGAAAUCAUGUUGCUGACAGUCUAGCAAAGCAAGGGCUUGUGGGUAGUUAUUUGGCUGCUGAUUCUUCUCUACCUGAUGAAAAUUGGUUAAAUUGUUGCUCUGGGUGUCCUCAUGCUUCCUGGGCUACUGGUUGUAUCAUCUUGGAUGCUAGUUAUAUUCUUCUAGUUUUUGCAAAAAUGUAUGCUCAUUACAACAAUUGGGCUACUGCUGCUUUUUGGGUGCUACAAUUCCUUUUUGCUCUUUGUUGCUGGUUGGUUUGA